UCCGGCGCAGCCAAUCGCAGCCGCGCGCUCUAGGCGCGUGCUCGAGGCGCGUGCCCGGGAGGAGACCGAGGAGGAUCGUCAGGUGGGUGGGCUGACCUGAGGGGUUCGCUGCUGUCGGGCUGCAUCAAGUUGCAUUAUUCCUUAUUCACAACCUUCGAUUAACUAUGUCACACUCCGCCGCGCUGCAGAAGCAGGGCAGCUCUCUGACACUGGUGCUAAUGGUCGUUGCUGCGGGCACUGGAGGAACUCUUCAGUACGGCUACAACCUCGCAAUAAUGAAUGCCCCUACAACUUUUAUUCAAACCUUUAUCAAUGAGACGGCCCUGGAGCGCUGGGACAUCCAGCUGGAGGAUUACCAGGUGACACUGGUCUGGACAAUCACUGUCUCCAUCUUCUCGUUGGGGGGCUUUGCGGGGGCUCUCAUUGCAGGGCCUAUGACCAUACGUUUUGGAAGGAAGAAAUGUCUGCUGCUGAACAACGUUUUCCUCAUGACUGGUGCGCUCUUAGCCGUGACAAGUAGAUCUGCCAAGUCUUUUGAGAUGAUCAUUAUCUCACGCGUGCUGGUCGGAAUAAAUUCUGGAAUCAGCAUGAACGUGCAACCGAUGUACUUUGGAGAAAGUGCGCCAAAGCACCUGCGGGGGGCCAGCUCACUGUCGUCAGCUGUUUUUGCCGCAUUCGGUGUAAUGUUGGGACAGGUGGUCGGACUCAGAGAGAUUUUGGGCAGCGAGCCGUGUUGGCAGUACCUUCUCGCCAGUAAUGCCAUUCCUGGCCUCAUUCAGCUCCUGACACUGCCGUGGUUCCCAGAAAGCCCCAGAUACCUGCUCAUAGACAGGGGCGACAAGGAGGCCUGCAUCAACGCUCUGAGACGUCUCCGUGGGUGUGAGGUCCAGAGCAGCGAGCUCAAUGAGAUCCUGGAGGAACAGGCAGAAACCAAAGGCAUGAGGCCCAGACGACCCUGGGAGCUGUUCAGCGAUCGCGCCGUUCGCUGGCAGCUCAUCACCGUCAUGGUCAUCAGCAGUGCCAUGCAGCUCUGUGGCAAUGACUCGAUUUACUUCUAUGCAUCGUAUGUGUUCAAAGAAGCUGGAAUAGCCGAUGAGAAAAUCCAGUACGUCACCGUUGGCACUGGUACAUGUGAAUUCACGGCCUGUAUAAUGUGUAACCUGCUGGUCGAACGCAAAGGUCGGAGGUUCAUGCUGAUGGGAGGGUUCAUCCUCAUGACCAUCUGGGCUGUUGUCUUCACAAUCGCUCUGUCAUUUGAGCACUAUAUAUCCUGGAUGCCCUACCUGAGCAUGGCCUGCAUCUUCACCUACAUUCUCAGCUUCGGCAUGGGACCAGCUGGAGUGACUGGCGUUCUGCCCACAGAGAUCUUCAAUCAGACUGCUCGGCCUGCGGCCUACAUGAUCGCCGGCUCCAUGAUGUGGCUCAACCUUUUCAUCACUGGAAUGGCCUUCCCAUUUCUAGUGGCGUCUGCCUGUUGUCUGCGCUCUACGUCGGCCUGUUUCUGCCGGAGACCAAGGGGAAGUCUCUGUCAGCCAUCACAAGUGAAUUCCACAAGCUCAACUUCAAAGGCCAGGACCAAAACGGUCCAUCGCAGACUGAGGCUCAGUAUCAGCUGGGUGAAGUGUGUCGUUCCACGUCCUUGUAGACGGACUCUUUCUCCUGACACGUACCGUCACACCCACUGUUUGCCUUACUUCGACCUGAACUGGAGUAAGUCACGUGGAGUCAGACGGUAUCGGGAGAAUGUUCUCUUUCAUAUCACUGAAAGCAACUGAGGUCUUCUAUAACUCCUUUAUCUGGAGUGUGUUUUCUAUGUUCAUUUAAAAGAAUUAUCUUUACAUGCAAACACUUACAUGUUGCAAUUAUUUGUUACUGGUUAAUAGGAAACAAAUAGAAAAAAACAAAUGAAACGUAAUUAGGAAGUGAUUCAAUAAAAUUGUGUUCACGUGUUGCCACCUAUGCUGAAAAAACCUUGUUGUUUUUAAGGUAAAGAAAAACUGCACAUUUAAGUUUAUAUGAGCAAAUAAACUCCAAUUAAUUUUAUUAUGAUAUUUUGGUAUUUUCUUGUUGAAGUGGGUCUAAGAGAAGUUCAUGUUUUAGCCUCUGGUUUGGGAGGUCAACGGUCAGAGUAAGCUGCCCAAAGGCCUUUCUGUAGGGUUGUGUACUUUUUUCAAUGUGGCUGAUGGUGGACCAUAUCAAUGUAAACAAAGACAUUCAGUCAGUUUAACUUGGGCUCCAUCAAACAAGGUGCUCAUUUAUGAAAUGGUCCCUAUGAUGCUGAGCAUUAAGACUUUUAGCAAAGACUGAAACUGCAGGACAUGAAAAGAAAAUGUUUAAUUGUUCAUGUUGACUAUUAACAUCACUAUUUUGUGUUUUUAAUGAAUUGAAUCUGAGCAAAUAAAGUAUUAUAAGUUUCUCA